AUGGCGGCGCACGAGCUGCUUGCCCGCCUGGAGUCGCAGCCGUCCUUCGCGGAGCUUCACGUGGACGCCUCCUUGUGCCGGAAGGACCUCCUGGAGCAGGUUGCAGGGGCGCCAAAGACACGCCAGCUGCGACUCUGGUUAGACAACGGAGUUUUCCAGUCUGCUGCGGAGCUAGCGGAGCUCCUGCAGGCGUGCUACGAGCGCCUUGGGGCCGUAGCUCGCCAAGAGAAGCUGCCCAUCUUCGAGGACAUGUCCGUGCUGCCCAACCUGGGUGCAGGAUCUGAACGGGCCCCUCCAUGCCAAUUUCGAGGCGAGAAAUUCGAUUAUGUGGUCCUGGGUGGAACUUUCGAUCGGCUGCAUGUGGGACACAAGGUCUUACUGACCGUGGCCGCUGUGAUGGCUGAACAAGGCCUGGCUAUCGGUGUCUCCGGCCCACCAUUGCUGCGAGAGAAGGCAGGUGCGUCCAUCCUUCAAGACUGGGGCGAGCGAGCUGCGACUGUGGUGGACUUCUUGGCAGUCCUGCGGCCAAAUCUGCAGGUACGUGUGGAGGAGCUCUCGGAUGCUUUCGGCCCGGCGCUGUGGCCCGAAAUGGGGGCCCUGGUCGUGUCGGCCGAGACCGAAGCCGGUGGGGCUGCGGUAAACGCACGCCGGCAAGAGAAGAACUCCCCGCAGCUCCAUGUGGUGGCCGUGCCUCUGGUGGCCUCUGCAGGCCGGGAGAUUUAG